CCUAGUCCCCGGCCGGGGCCUCCGAGCCUGUCCGGAUGCCGGGCUGGUCCAACCCCAAGACCCAACCGCGUUCCCGCGAGAGGAAAGUUCUCUGCCUGCUGCCUCGGCGCCCCCCAGGGCUAGCCCCGACCUGGUGUCGCUUCGGCCGGAAGCGGAAGUGCGUGUCAGCAGGAUCAUGGCGACUUUUGCCGAACUCCCGGACUCGGUCCUGCUGGAGAUCUUCUCUUACCUCCCGGGUCUGUCACCGCUGGAAGAGGCUGGUGGACGACCGGUGGCUGUGGCGACACGUCGACCUGACGCUCUACACGAUGCGGCCGAAAGUCAUGUGGCACCUCCUUCGCCGGUACAUGGCAUCCCGCCUCUACUCCCUGCGGAUGGGUGGCUACCUGUUCUCGGGCUCCCAGGCCCCGCAGUUGUCGCCCGCCCUGAUGAGGGCCCUGGGCCAGAAGUGCCCCAACCUGAAGCGCCUCUGCCUGCACGUGGCCGACCUUAGCAUGGUGCCCAUCACCAGCUUGCCCCCCACGCUGCGGACCCUGGAGCUGCACAGCUGCGAGAUCUCCAUGGCCUGGCUCAUGAAGCAGCAGGACCCCACCGUGCUGCCCCUGCUCGAGUGCAUCGUGCUGGACCGCGUCCCCGCCUUCCGCGAUGAACACCUGCAAGGCCUGACGCGCUUCCGUGCCCUGCGCUCGCUCGUGCUGGGCGGCACGUACCGCGUGACCGAGACGGGGCUGGAUGCCAGCCUGCAGGAGAUGAGCUACCUGCAGAGGCUCGAGGUGCUAGGCUGCACCCUCUCAGCCGACGGCACCCUGCUGGCCAUCAGCCGCCACCUCCGAGAUGUGCGCAAGAUCCGGCUGACCGUGAGGGGCCUCUCUGCCCCGGGCCUGGCCGUCCUGGAAGGAAUGCCGGCCCUGGAGAGCCUGUGCCUGCUGGGCCCCCUCAUCACCCCAGAAAUGCCCUCCCCCACUGAGAUCCUCUCCUCCUGCCUCACCAUGCCCAAGCUCAGAGUGCUCGAGCUGCAGGGGCUGGGGUGGGAGGGUCAGGAAGCCGAGAGGAUCCUGUGCAAGGGGCUGCCCCACUGCAUGGUCAUUGUCAGGGCCUGCCCCAAAGAGUCCAUGGACUGGUGGAUGUGACUGCUCCAUCUGUCCUUGGAAUCCAGCCCAGCUUUUACCGUUGAGCCCCAGACCCUCUGCGCAGCACUUUGAAGAGGGCAGGUAAUCUAGCUUAAAGGCACUGAAGGCCCCAGGUAGAGAGAACCGGGGCCCAGGGGCCUCCAGACCAUUGGAAUCAUUGUUUGCCAGCUGUGUGGCCUCUCGGAGGCCCAGUUCUCACAUCUGGAAAUAGGGAAGACCAUAGCUACCUCAUGGUUAUGUUGCAAAGCCUUACUCUGAACAGCUACCGACCCCAAGAAGGCUCUCAAUGAAGGGUCAUUCCCAGGGUUGUCCUUAGGAAUGGCAUGGAAGCAGAAGGGUGGGGUUAAGAGCCAGGGGCAGCCAAGCCCCGUGGCUCAUUCCUAUAAUUCUAGCACUUUGGGAAGCUGAGACAGGAGAAUCACUUGAGCCCAAGAGUUUGAGACCAGCCUGGGCAACAUAGCAAGACCCUGUCUCUACCAAAAAUAAGCCAGGGGCACCUGCAGGGCCAAGCCCCCUUAAGAGGCCUAAAAGGACUAUCUCUGCAUCUGCACCCACACACCUAUGCACCGUUUGUAUACCUACACGCAGAGGGAGCGAGCAAGUGAGACUUGGCUUUGAUGAUCAAAAUGUUCAUAAAGGUUCUCAAUUGUAUUUUCUGUAUUUUAUAUUCUGUAUUUUCCAUGUUUUCCAUAACAUAUAUUAUUUUGCUAUUAAAAGAAAAGAUCAUUUUUUUCCAAAGAAGCAUCCAUUUUAUUCAUUCAAGCAAUGUUUCUUGAGCACCUCCUAUUUUGCAGGCACUGUUCCAGGUUCUGGGGCCACAGCAGUGAACAAAAGUGACAAGACCCUACCCUUGUAGAGCUCAGAGGGGAGAAGGCAGGACAACAAACAGAACCUAAGGAACGAGAUGAACAGAGGCGUGUCCCACCUUGUGGACUGGCAGAUAACAUUUGCAAACCUGCUGUUCUGUCGUAUAGAGCCUCGGGAGAGGCUGAGAACUGCAGCAAGAAAAGCUUGCUUUUCUUUGGGGUGAGGACUGGCCAGUUAGAAUCGAGGGCCCACUCAAGUCCCGCCCCUAAGCCUAAGUCCCCGUCCUUGGCUCCGCCCACUGGGCCUGGAGCCCGCCUUAGCCCCGCCCACUGGGUCUGCCGCUUUCUCCGGGCCUCGCCCUCUGGUCUCCGACGAGGCCACGCCCCCAGAACAGUCCCCGCCUCUGGAUCCGCCCCUUUUGCGUCACAAACCCGGAAGUGGAGAUGUGCGUCAGUGGGACGUCGGGCUCGGCUCCUACCCGUUGUGGUGGAGGGACGCAGAAGAGUCUGGCGGGGGACAAGCGGGGUCAAAGGGUAUGUCCGGCCCCUUGCCAGGCCCCAGACCGUGUUUGCCGUGCCCGCUGAGGCCGGGGCUGUCCCCGAGCUGCCCGAGGCCAGGCGGCCGGUCUGGGCGUCCCGGGAGAUGCGGUCACUGCGGAGCCUUUUCUGCAAGAGCCGCCUAAGCAACAUUUGUGUCCUUUCUUCAGAAGCAAAAGCAUCUCCGUAAUUCAGGUCACAGGGACUCGAGCCCCAGCGUCCCCUGUCCUUACCGACCUGGCGGUGCCGGCCAGCACUGGGCUGGUUCAAGAGAGCCGGUCUAAUGCAAGAGAAGUUUUACAAACGGCUUUAUUGAGGUGUCUAUUUGCGUCGAAGGAAGUACAUAUUAGUAUACACUGUGUUUCCCCGAAAAUAAGACCUACCCA